UACGUACGUCUUGCCGUAGAUUUGCGAAAGAAUUUAAAAAAUGUUUUGCUACUUAAUUAUGCUCUUCCUAGACAACGAAAUCUACAUAAACAUAAAUAAUUUAAUUCGAUAAUACUAAAAACAGUACGGUUUUCUAUUGAAUUUACUAAAGAAAGCACUCAUUAAUUUUUCUUUUUAAUUUUCCCUGCUCUUUAGAUUUUUCCGAUAGUAAUUCAUCUCGCAUGUAAAAAAAUUCAUUACAGACCUCCCCCCAUGCUUUUCAUCAUCAUACAUAUUUGUUAUUCAUUAUUUGAAAGUAUUUCAUUCAUUCAUUCAUUUAAGCUGAUUGACCUAUUUAAAUUUUUUUUCAAUCAAAUAUUUUUUCGAAAAGAGUUUAUUCCUAAGUGCCUCAUUAUUAAAUAAAGUUAGCUGUUCAUAAUAAAUUAUUUUAAUGACGAAACCAGUAUUAUCGUAAUGGAAGAUACUACUAAGUACUUAUUUGUAUAUAGCUGUUAAAUUCUUAUCAGUCAUUAUAUGUUGCCGGUCAAAGCUUCUUGCAUAACAAAGCGUCUUAUGUUGGUGUGUUGCUUGGCAAAGUGUUUAUAAUAAACAUUAUGUUAAUUUGGAAUCGAUAACAAUACUUUAUUUCCUCGGUUCUUGAGUGAUCAAGUUCAAGUUAGUAAUGUCAGUAAGUAAUAGUUCGUUGCUAGCGUAAGUAGUCUCUUAAUGCUUAUCUUUUUUAAAAUAAUUAAUGUCAUAUAAAUAAAAUGCUGUACAAGUAUGUAUCUUCGCGUUUUGUCGUGCGUGUGUUGUUUAUUUGUUUGUCUGUUGCUGCUAGCAAAUUAACUGUGGACUAUGAGAAAGAUCCAGCUGUGACCAACCUCAGAAAUUACUUGAGAAUACGCUCUGUUCAUCCGAACAUCAAUUAUGAUGAAUGUAUCGCCUACCUCCGCGGGCAGGCCGCACAGCUCGGUCUACCCGUGCAAGUGUUCGAGCCUGUGCCCAGGAAACCAGUGCUGGUGAUGACCUGGGAAGGGACCCAGCCAGCGCUGCCCAGUAUCCUUCUUAACUCCCACAUGGACGUAGUGCCUGUAUUUGAGAACAGCUGGAAAUACCCUCCAUUCGAGGCUCGUCUCGUGGACGGCGUGGUGUACGGGCGAGGUGUCCAGGAUAUGAAGUCUGUUGCCAUCCAGUACAUCGAAGCCGUCAGGAGGCUAAAGGAGAAAGGGAUCAGUUUGAAGAAGACUGUUCAUCUAAGUUUUGUACCCGAAGAGGAAGUUGGUGGUGGAAAAGGUAUGGGCGAGUUUGUGAAGACCGAAGACUUUAAGAAGCUCAACGUAGGCUUCGCUCUCGAUGAAGGCAUCGCUAGCGCCACCUCCGACUACCUCGUGUUCAACGGAGAAAGGAGUAUUUGGCACCUGAAAAUAAUCUGCCCCGGGAGGUCUGGCCACGGCUCCUUGUUACUUCCGGACAACAACGGCGAAAAGAUUCGAUACAUCAUAGACAAGUUUAUGGACAUGCGAGCAGCUUCUAAAAAGAAAUUGGAGAGCAAUUCUUCGCUGAGCAUCGGUGACGUCACUACCAUCAACCUUACCAUGCUCAGUGGUGGCAUCCAGAAUAACGUCGUUCCAGAGGAGUUGACAGUCAGUUUUGACAUUCGCAUAGCGCUGACGGACAGUCAACAAGAACUAGAAGAAAAAGUAAAGCAGUGGUGCAAGGAAGCAGGAGAGGGGGUAAGGUACGAGUUCGAACAGAAGGACCCUGAGGUGGCCGCCACAGCUGCGGACGACUCCAACCCAUACUGGCUCGCCUUCAAGCAAGCUGCAGAAGAACUCAACAUCCCGCUGCAAGUGCGCACGUUCCCGGGUGGCACCGACAGCCGCUAUGUCCGCGAGUCGGGCAUCCCAGCGCUGGGCUUCUCCCCAAUGGUAGGCAUAACGCCGGGUCUGCACGAACACAAUGAACACCUACCGGCAGCCACCUUCUUACGAGGCAUACAGAUAUACGAGGCGAUCAUACCAGCUGUCGCUAAUGUAGUCUAGCCUCUGAUACAGAUUGGAUUGUACAAAAAUUGUAAAAGACCUUUCUAAUAAAAAAACUGUUUAAUAUGU